UUUUUGAUGGAUUUUAUUUUUAUUUUGUUUAUUAUUAUUAUUUUUUAAAGUAGAUAUGGGUGUUUAAUGAUAUGAUAGAAGAAGAAAACAUUGAUGGGUUCUUUUGUAUUGCAAAGAACGUGUGGUGAAAGUAUCUGUGUGUGUGACGACUGUUAUCUGGAGUUGGGUUAAAUUGAGCCAAGUCAUUUGAGGUGGUGACCGAGUUUGGAUGGGAAGAGUGUGAAUUUGUACCCUCCAAAAGGGGUUUUUGUUGCAUGCUACGGAGGGUGGGAGAUUAUAGGUCAAUUUGAUUAAGUUACAAUCGUGAAUACUGAGUUGGGACCGAGCAUGGUGUCUGGGAUCCGAGUUUGAGUUGGACAGUUUCGUGAGGCGGGCAGUUGAAUUUUGUAUGUGUGUUGCUAAGUUAUUCUGCCGGGUCAUGUACUGAGUCAAAUAGGCUGGUAACCGACUUUCUUUCUUUCUUUCCAGUUUUUUUCCCGGAGUCAACUGAAUUGAUCACAUAGACCAUUAUUUUGAGGAAAAGGCGGUGCGAAAUAAAUAUAGAAACCGGACGAUUGACUCAGGGCUUUUCUUCCGUACAAGUCCCAAACUUGACAUAUUGCAAAAUUGAGCAAGGCCUCCAGUAAUCAAGGCCCCCAAUUGGAUAGGCACGGAGCGUCGAGAAGAUGGAAUAAUUCUUCUCAAACAGACAGGUAGCCUCCCCUGAGGAAAAACAGGGCACAUGUGGCCCUGUUUAUGUAGCAGCAUUCUUGAAGAAGAGACUCAAGCAAUUGUGGGAUAGUAUCCCUUCUCUUUGAAUAAUGCUUUCUAUGACAAAGAUUGAUUUUUGAUUUGAUGGGCGUGUGCUUGUUUUCAAGAAAGUCUUCAACGGGUUUAAAUUUCGGGGUUGUGCAUAAGUUGGGGCUGUUUACUAGGCAGGUUAUUGUGAAAGAUAUCAGCUUUUGCAAAUUGUAUAGAAGUGCUUCUUCUGUUUUAGUGUUGGAUAACGACUCUGACAGCGGCUCAAACUCUGAAAGCAACUCAGAAAAUGAAGCACUUGAUUGGAGAAAAGGAAAAAUAAUUCCCCGAAAAUGCAUCCAUGAGCAGCGCAAAGGCAACAAGCUUUUUUCAGUUGUUGUUGGAGUUCUUAAAUCUUUAAACUGGCAGGCUGCAAGACAAAUAAAUCUUCUGAGUGCUACUGAACAAUAUGGUUUUAAUCAAUCAAUUAAUGCUUAUAUUAUGAUGGUGCAUAUAUUUGCAUGCGCUGAAAUGCAUAUGGAAGUAUAUGCAUUGCUGAGAGAUAUUAUUUAUUGUUAUCAAAAGUUUGAUCUUGAUUUGUAUGGAUUAAUCUUCACUUUAUUGGAUCGGUCUAGUAAUGCAGCUAUAUCGACUCACAUUGUUAAUGUACUUGUAAAGGUUUUUGCUUCAAAUAGGAUACUUAAACAUGCAUUUGAAGCAUUUCACCAGGCUAAGAAUAUUGGCCUUCAAUUGGGUGUUGAAUCGUGUAAUUUCUUGCUUAAAUGCUUGGCGGAAGCAAAUGAAAGAGAAUUUCUUGUGAAAUUAUUUGAAGCAAUGAAGAAGCUUGGUCCCUUACCUUGUGUCUACACUUACACAAUUAUGAUUCAAUAUUACUGCAACAUGCAUCAAAGGCAAGGUAAUGUAGAUAUUGAUCAAGCAACUGACAUUCUAGAAGAAAUGGAGAGAAGUGGGAUAACCCCAUCUAUUGUAACGUAUAAUUCGUAUAUUCAUGGACUUUGCAGGGUUGGAGGUGCUGAAAUUGCUUUGGACAUUAUCAAAGACUUGAGAAGUAAAAGUCACCCGCUCAACUGUUACUGUUAUAAUGCUGUUAUUCAUGGAUUUUGUAAUACAGGUGAGCCUGAAAUAGCUAUGCAAGUUUUGGCAGAGAUGAAGAGUUGUGGAAUUAACCCAAAUACACACAGUUAUAGUAUUUUGGUUGAAGGGUUUUGUAGACGCGGAAAUAUUGAGAGAGGUGACAUAGACAUUGCCUAUAAACUUUUCGAAGAAAUGAUCAAUAAUAAGGUUGCUCCUAAUGCUUCAAGUUAUGAGAGCUUGAUUCAUGGAUAUAUUAAAACUGGUUCCUCUGAGAAAGCCUUGAAGUUUUUCAAUACUAUGAUAGAAGACAAUAUUUUGCCAAAUGUUGCUACCUGCAACUUGAUCAUAAAUAAUUACUGCAAAGAAGGAUGUAUAAAGGAUGCCUUGCAACUUAUAGAUGAAAUGAGAGACCGUGGGAUUAUCCCGAACAUGUUUACCUAUAAUUUGGUAAUCAACUCACUGUGCAAAGCAAGUAUGUCAGAGAAGGCACUGGAGAUUAUCCCACAGAUGCUUAAAAGUAAUGCAAUCCCCAACGUAGUAAUCUAUAGCACCCUCAUAGAUGGUUUUGCUAAACAAGUAAAUCUGGGGAAGGCCUUAUCGUUGUAUGAAAAAAUGCUGAAAGUUGAAGUUGCUCAGAAUACAAUCACAUUUACAAUUGGUAUUAAUUUAUUAUGUGACAUGGGAAGGGUGGAAGAGGCCUAUAAUUUGCUUAAGGAAAUGAUUUGGAAGGGCUUGGAUCCGGAUAAAAUUUCUUACACUUCAAUGAUUUCUGGAUUUUGUAGAAGCAAAGAUAUGAAGCAGGCGUGGGGAUUAUUCCAGGAGAUGGUGCAGAAAGGUCAUUUACCUUCUGUCGUUACCUAUACUUGCCUCAUUGAUGGGUUUGCUAAACAGGAAAAUCCAACAAUGGCCUUAUUGUUGUAUGGAAAAAUGCUAAAAGCUGGAGUUACUCCAGAUACAAUCACAUUAACAGUUCUUAUAAAUGUAUUAUGCAACAUGGGAAGGGUGAAAGAAGCCUAUAAUUUGCUAAAGGAAAUGAUCUGUAAGGGCUGGGAUAUAGAUAAAAUUUCUUACACCUCAAUGAUUGCUGGGUUUUGUAGAAGCAAAGAUAUGAAGCAGGCAUGGAGAGUGUUCCAGGAGAUGGUACAGCAAGAUCAUUUACCUUCUGUCGUUACCUAUACUUGCUUAAUUGAUGGAUUUUGUAAGGUGAAUCAGAUGGUCUUAGUCAACAUGUUGGUAGAAGAAAUGAGAAGGGAGAAUGUCUGUCCUGAUUGGGUAACCUACUUGGUUCUCAUUUCUGGAUAUCUACGCGUUGGGUUUGUGGACAAAGCUCAUAAGCUGUUCGACAAAAUGAUAAAGGAGGGAGGACUACCAGAUGAUAUUACUAUCAAAACAUUAGGGCUGACCAUGGGUUCAAGAAAGGAGAGAUAGGAUAAGAAAUGCUGCGGAAAAGACCAUAAAUUAUGCUACGGAAAACCUCCAGCUUAUUUUAUUUGUGACUCAAGACUUUGCAAAUGGCCCAAAAUUUCAAGACCUCCGUCAAGGCAGAGUGAAGGGUCUUAUAGCAGCUAUUGAUGGUUUUGAGCCGAGAAGAAUUUCUGACUCUCGACCUACAUGUAUUUGUGAUCAGGCACACUUUUAUACAUUGUAUGACACUUUCAAGCUUCACCAAAAUCUCUUUCAACCUUGAGUUGGACUGCUUUGGAUUUGGUGAAAAUUCUUUCCAGACAUCGAGCGAAUGGAUGCUAGAUAAAUAUCAAAGCUUCAGUUGGCCAAAAACACAAAUAUACGACAGGCAUGGAUGCUAGACGAAUAUCAAAGCUUCCUGAACACAGAUCUGCUCUUUACUUCAUCAAAGGCACAAAGACUUUUCAUCUAGUCUGGUUCAACGUCUCUUGAAAAUUUUCUUACCUGGAAAGUCCUCCGAGGACUUAGAUGGAGACAAAAAUUCAAAGGCCAUGAAGAAGCUGAGCACACUCAAACUUCUAUUGGAACUUUACUUUGUUCGUGUUGUAGAAGAUAGCAGCCUCUUUACAAAUAUUAUUAAGGAUCUCACUAGCAUGGAACAUUUUAAGGAUUGUGAUGCAACCCAGACAAAUCUAUCCCUUUUUGCUAGUUUUGCUUGACAAGGAAGAUAUCUUCUUGGACUGCCUGUGACUGGACAAGAAACGCUGGAAGAGCGGAACAGAAAAAAUUCCUUAGAAAGGCAUUUCUAACCUACUAUGAUGCUGCUGUAGAACUGCUUCAGGCAGAACAUGCAUCACUUCACCAAAUGGAGCAUGAUAAUGUGAAGAUUUUAAAUGCUAAAGGUGAACUGAGUGAAGGAAACGCCUCUUCGUAUGACAAGCUGAGAAAAUCUUAUGACCAACUAUAUCGUGGUGUCUCUUCGUAAGUUACUUGACCUGAUCUUUUUGGACAUAUUUGUUAAGUUUGUUGUACAGUGCUUGUGAACAAUACAUUAGUUACUACUAUGUGGAACUUUUUGAGACAGUUGGUAUAUGAUUUCUAUCUCUGUGAUCCUGAUAAUAGUUUGCACCCAUAGAGGGAAGGUGUUGGCAAUACAAGUAUCUGGAAUCAGGUGUGAUUUUGAGCAGGAAGGGUCCAGCUAUGUUCUUGAGCUCAACUUCUUUUAGAUAGCUGGACUUCAAGAAUUGACUUGAGAUCAUUAAAACUCUGACAUUAAUGUAGGGGCUUUACUCAAAAGAUGAAUAGAGUACUUUUAAGCUAUCUGAGCCUCGGAUAGGGGUUGUACUAAAAAAAAUUCAGUUGAUUUGAGCCAUAAUGCCGAUCUGAGCUGGAACAACAUGGCAGCAAUUUUACUCAUCUUUACACAUUUUCCAAAUGGUUGGCCUUGUUUGCAACAGGCACAUUCAACCCAACUUAAAGUGGUCGGCAUUAUCUGUCGACAACCUUUAUUCAUCAACCUAUAGCUAUAUCGAGCACAGCAAAGAAGCUGUUCCGCGUAAAGGCUUCCGUAUUCUAGUUUAAAAGCAUGAAGUUCAAAAUGUUUUCACAAAACCAUUUUAAGAUAUGAAGUUAACCCCCUUAAGAGAUCCGAUAGUUGCCUAUUCAGCAUAAACUAAUUUUUAAGCUUCAGUCUGUUUAUUAGUAUUUUC